GGUCUCGCAGUUUCGUCUCGUCCUCUCUCCCUCUCCCUCCUCUCGCCAAGACGCCAACGCCACCGAGUUUUCCCCCAACCAAAUCCUCGCUCGCUCCCCUUUCGCCCCCGUCCACCACCUCCUACAGUUCUCCAUACCACGGCUCCAUUCCGCCAGGAGGAACGAGGCGUCAAGGCCGCGGCUGCGCGCUCCGGGGGGCAGGAGCAGCAGCAGAGCGCCAUGGGCGCCGCCGAGAACGACGCGCCGCCGCGGCAGGAAGGCGCGCGAGGCAGGGGGGCUGCGCCGGCGCCGGUGCCGGAGUCGGUGGAGAAGGUCGUCGUCGUGGACCAGGCGCCGCCUCCGCCCGUGGCGAGGCUGCAGGCGCAGCGGCCGCUGGCGCCGCUGCAGGUCACCACGCAGGCGCCGCCGCCGCCCAUGUCCGUGGCCUCCGGCGCCGUCGAGCCGCCGCCGCAGGUGGCGGCGUACCAGCCCAUCCCGCAGGCCCCACAGCAGGGUCCGCUUCCGUCUCUCAACUCGCACAAGUACACCAACGGUAUAACAUUGUGCGUCUUCCUGCUCCAUCUUGCUGCAGCGGGGUUCACCAUUGGCUUCUUCGUGUUCAAGAUCGUCCAGGAGAACACCCAUCACCCACAGUCCCGUAAUGCGCGGCGCGAACGCAGCCUGCUGCGUGAGUGGCUGCUGCCGGUGGAGGGUGCAGUGGCGCUGAGCAUUGUCCUAGCCUUUGCAUGGCAGAAAGCUGUGCGCACGUGGCCGCGUGCGAUGGUGCGCGUCAUCCUCUGGUCCAGCUUUGGCGUCACCCUUGGUGUGGGCGCGCUGCUCAUGAUCUUCUCUACGCUGGCCACGGUCGGGCUCGGCGUCGCCAUGGUGGUGUUCUCCAUCGGCACUGGGCUUUACGCCUGCUGGGUGACGCGCCGCGUGGGCUUCACCGCUCGGGUGUUCGAGCGUGCCGUGCAGCCUGUGGACAAGUUCCGCGGGCUGAAUGGCCCCGCGUACCUGAUGGUGGCGGCUGGGUUCCUGUGGAUCUCCGUGUGGUGCGUGGCGGUGAUUGGCGCGGUCAACUUCCGGUUCCCCGGGCUGACGAUCCUGGCGCUGGUGCUAAGCCUGGCGUGGACCGCGGAGGUGAUGCGGAACGUGGCGAACCUGACGGCGAGCCGGGUGAUCGCACUCUACUACCUGCGCGGGAUGCAGUCGAGCGUGCAGUUCAGCUUCCAGCGCGCGCUGUCCUACAACCUCGGCAGCGCCUGCCUGGGCUCGCUCUUCGUGCCCACCAUCGAAGCGCUGCGCAUCCUGGCACGCGGGCUGAACCUCCUGGAGGGCGAGGACGAGUUCAUGUUCUCCUGCGCGCACUGCUGCCUCCACGUCAUGAACGGCGUCUUCAGCUUCGGCAACAGCUGGGCCUUCGUCCAUAUCGCGGCGUACGGGCGGGGGUUCGUGCAGGCGUCGCGGAGCACGUGGGGCCAGUUCGAGGCGCUGCCGGGGAUGGCGGCGCUGGUGGACUCGGACAUCACGAGCUCGGUGUGCUUCCUGACGGGCGUGACGAGCGGCGCGCUGUGCGUGGCGCUGGCGGGCUCCUGGGCGUUCGCGACGCACCGGCACUACACGGCCACCGUGUCGCUGCUGGCCUUCUUCGUCGGGUACCUGAUGACCCGGAUCGGCAUGGCGCUGCCGCAGGCGUGCGUGGGGUGCUACUACGUGUGCUACGCCGAGAACCCCACGUCGCAGCUGUUCGACAACACCAUCCCGGCGCAGAUGCGCAAGAUGCAGGAGGGCUGCGACCCGGUCGUCGUGCCCACGCCGCGGUUCCCACAGCAGCGCGCCAGCGCGUGACCGGCCGGCUCUCCUCCGCCCCGUACCGUUCGUCCAAUCCACCUUCCCCAUCCUUCCUCAGGCGUGAUCCGGUCUGCGCAGCUCCAUUUGACCCGGUGACCCGGUGGCGGCUUUUGCAGUCGCGUGGAAGAAACGGAACUGGAGCUGGAGAGUAGAGUGUCUCAGGAUAUCUCCCAGCCAUACUGCCACAUCGCAAAGCUUACAAAGCAUUGUGCCUGUUUUUGUAAAUCCACCCAUUUUUUUUUAAUUGGUAGAGAUGAGGAAUCCCCAAUAUUUCGGGUGUGUAGACAGUUCUAUUCUUGGGUGUAGUUAAUGUGAAUAUUUUAAGUUCAUUUUUUGGUGACUCAAAAGACUUGAUUUGGUCAUGGUGACCGCAACACAAUAGCUCACUGUUUGAGCCUUUGAGGCCGGAGUAUGAAAACAAAA